AUGUCAGAAGGGGAGAGCAAGGACAGCUCGGGCAGCGAGUGUCCCGUGUGCUACGAGAAGUUCCGCGACCUGGACGGCGCCAGCCGCACCCUGAGCUGUGGCCACGUGUUCUGCCACGACUGCCUGGUCAAGUACCUGCUCUCCACCCGCGUGGACGGCCAGGUGCAGAGGACCAUCGUCUGCCCCAUCUGCCGCUACGUCACCUUCCUCAGUAAGAAGAGCUCCCGCUGGGCUUCCAUGCUGGACAGGAGCUCCCAGACCUUGGCCGUGCCCGUGGGCCCCCUGGCCGCCUCCCCGACGGCCUGGAGGCCGCCCCCCAGCCAGGGCGCCCAGCUCCCCUCGGACCCGCCGCCCGGCCUGGCCCGGGAGCCCCAGGUCUUCGUCAUCAGCCGCCACGGGAUGCCCCUGGGUGAGCAGGACAGCGUGCUGCCCCAGCGCAGCCUGGCCGAGCUGUCGGAGGCCUCGCCGGCCCCCAGCUCCCGCCGGGCCUUCUGCUGCCGCUCGCGGGCCCUGCUACUCAUCACCCUCAUCGCCGUGGUGGCCGUGGUGGCCGCCAUCCUGCCCUGGGUGCUGCUGGUGAGGAAGCAGGCCUGA